CAGGUGCCAGGCGUGCAGGCGGGUGCACGCGGUGCCGUUCGGCAUGACCAGCCUCGCCUGCGAGUGCGGCGCGCAGGUCUGGAUCGCUCUCUCGCACGUGGCGCAGCAGGCGGCAGCACAAGUGGACGUCCACGUGCGCCGGGGGCUGCAUGAGCUCGAGGUGAUCCUCGAGCAGCAGGCGGACGUGCGCAGGCAGCAGUGGGCCAGCCUGCGCGACGAGCUGCUCCUUGUGCAGACGCUCUGGGACAGCCAGGCGUCCGCGGCCGCCGAGGGCGCGGACUCCGCAGAGGCGGGCCUGCGCGGGCCAGACGGCAGCGCCCCGGGGGCCGAGGAGGCGGC